UAUUAUAUAUCUCAUUACUGGUAUCAUUUCUAACUAUUGUGCCUUGGGUAUACGACAUACGUUUGCUGCUUCGUAUCAAACGCUACUGGAAUUGGAAGGGUGGCGAUGCAAAAGGGGCUGGCUGGCUGAUCAGAUGAUUGGGUAUCAAAUACCUUGGGUACUUAGACGAGGCUGUUUCUACCCCGACUUUGAGUAGGAUAACAAAUUUCUCUUCGUUAUCUCAUGGCAAACCUAAGCAAUUACCAGGCGUACAACUUGACUUGUUGAACAGUCUCGGCCAUGGCGGAUCCUUUCACAGCUCUUGGAACGGCAAGCAGCAUCCUUACCUUCGUCGAGUUCACAUGGAAGCUAUUUGCCAGCACAUACACGAUCUACAAAUCCGCAACUGGCGAAAACGAAGAUACCACGACCCUCUUGACUAUUACAAAAGAUGUUACCCGUUUUGGAGAUGCUAUCAUCCUGGUACCUGGGUGCGAAGACGAUCUACGUGUCCUCGUCGAGGAGGCGCAGAGUAUUGCUCGUGAUUUACACGAGGCACUGAGCAAACUGAAAGUCCGGGGCACCAACACCGGUUGGAAAAGCUUCAAGGCUGCUUUAAAGGAAGUGUGGCAAGGCAGCCAAGUCAAGACAUUCUCUGAAAGACUUUCAAAACUUCAAACUCAGAUCAUUUUGCAUAUCCAGAUGUUGACUCUGAGCCGCGUCUUGGAAAACUCCCACACGAUUGCCCAAUUUGAAAACACGAAUAGAAUCCUAGGGGUUGAAAUGCAGACCGGAUUCCAAGAACUACGCGAGGACGUUAUUGCCGCUACAACGAAAUUGGUGCCCGAAGAUUCGAUCUCCCAGCCCAUAAAGAAGCAUCCCAAAACCCAGGACGCUACCGACAUAGUAAACGAAGACCACGUUGGCGAGAUAUUAGCAAAUCUACAAGAUCUAUCCGUGAAAAUCACUCGUCUCUGUGAAGCUGGCGAGAAUACCCCGGACCAUCAGCGCGUGCUAAAGAGCCUCUACUUUAUCGGCAUAGGGGCGAGACAGCAGAAGAUACCGGAUGCACAUGCACGGACAUUCGCAUGGAUCUUUGAGGGGAAGCCUCCGGGGUUUAUCGACUGGUUGCAACAUCCAAGUGGCAUAUUCUGGAUCCAGGGGAAACCAGGUUCAGGAAAGUCUACUCUCAUGAAGUUCCUCUCCAGCCACGACGACAUAAUCCUCCAUCUGGAACCGUGGGCGCAGGGCAAAAAGCUCGUAGUCGCCAGUUUCUUUUUCUGGAACGCAGGUUCGCCGCUUCAGAAGUCCCAAGAGGGCCUCUUCCGUUCGCUCUUAUUCGAAAUAUUACGAAGCCGUCCCCAUCUCAUCCCACGCGUAUCUGCAUUGCGGAUCGAACUGAGGGGCCACUGGGAUGACGAUUGGUCUUGGACGGUUAAUGAAUUGUACCACAUCUGCUACAAAAUCCUUGAAGAAUGCACAGAUACUAAGUUCUGUUUCUUUCUCGACGGUAUGGACGAAUAUGGAGCAGAAAAGACAGAACUAGGAAAUCUUGUCAAAAGCGUCCAGAGUCUCGCUUUCCUCCCUAAUAUCAAACUGUGCGUUUCGAGUCGACCCUGGUCUGUGUUUGCAGAGGCUUUCGGCCAAAAUCCCAAGUUGUCGCUCAAGGUUGAAGACCUUACUCGCGAUGAUAUCCGAAUAUAUGUCUCUGACAAGUUUGAAGGAAAUCGUCAAUUCGUUGAGCUACGAGAUGAGGAACCGACUGCGUUCAACUUUACCGAUGAAAUUUGCCAGCGAGCCCAGGGCGUAUUUCUUUGGGUUUAUCUCGUAGUUCGUGACCUCCUCGAAGGAUUUACCAACGGCGAUUCUCUAGGAUUUCUGCGAGACCGACUGGAAAGAUUUCCGGAAGACCUCAAUGCCUUUUUUCGACACAUGAUCGGUGACAUAGAACCAAUUUACCAUCGGUCUACAGCGAGGAUGUUUGAAAUUGCUAGAUUAGCAGCGGAGCCUCAGCUCUCAAUUGCCUAUUCCUUUAUUGACGAUAUCGAGAGCAACCCUAAAUUUGCAAUUGAAUUGCCCGUUGAGCCUAUGUCUAAGUCCGAGGUGCAGAAACGGCAAGACAUAAUGAGACGACGAUUGGAUGCACGAAGCAAAGGACUACUAGAGUUCAUGACCUAUAGUUCUUCAGAUCGUUUCGGAAACCUUCUGGGAGACCUUCUCGGACGUGUUGACUUUCUUCACCGUACCGUCCGUGAAUUCCUUGAUCGUCCCGACGGUCUAAACUCAUUUCUAACACAGAAUCUUGACGAUUCGAAUAUAAGUUCGAUGAUGUGCAAUGCAAAUUUAGCAACGUUCAAGCAAAUUCCGCGUGAAAUUUAUUGGGACGACGUCAUGGAAAGCCGCAUAGUCGAAAAUAUUAUCGACUGGGCUGCGAAAGCGGAAUAUACUGAAACAUCGAAGUCGUUCUUCGAAAUCCUCGAGGCUGCAGAGUCUACUUACUACAAACAUACUUCGCCUCGUGGUGAAACACCAUCCGGUAUUGACUUUUUGGGUCUAGUGUGCGAACGAAAUAUUCCUUCCUAUCUCGAGGCAAAACUUAACGGUAGCCUGCCGCGUAUUAUUACCCACGGAUCGACUCCCCCGUUACUAUUCAUGGCUUUAAUAUGGGAGGACUCGGCGGACUACCCAGAAGAUGGUCAUUAUAUUUGUCCGGGAAUGAUCAAAAUUCUUCUGGAUUACGGAGCUGAUCCGAACGAGACCUACCAUUCCGAAACCAUUUGGGUACGCUUUCUCCGUUACCUAGACAGAAGAACCCUCGAAAGAUAUGAUAUUAAAAAUGCUAUUGAAAAUGAUAUUAGAUAUGUGAUUGAGCUUCUCGUAGAUCAUGGAGCAGACCUUGAAGUACCUACUUCGGAAGUGAUCAAAGGCUGGUUCACCGAAGACGAAUAUGCUGCGCUAUUAAUAAGAGCCUCACUGCCGAUAAGGCGUAAGCCUAGAAAGUCCAAGAGGCGCAAAUUGAAAUCUACCUUUCGCACUCUGCUACUAAAAAUAAGGAUAUAAGUAGAGGCUGCAGGGGGGGAAGGAGACGCGAACCGAAGGCGGCUAGGCUCAUCGUUGCAUUUUAAACAUAUAAAUGCAUCGACAUACCUCGUUCUGAGAACAAGGGGAAGGAUAGCCCCAGAUGAGAGCAUAGACCGA